CAGGCACAGACAGUCGGCUGCAUAUCGGCGCUCCUGUCCAAUGCCGACCACGGCGCCGAUGAGCUGGCAGCUUUCCUUAUCUAGAUCGUCGCCUCGACUAUAAAUCAAAGCCAGGUACUUCAGCGUAGUCAUUCUUCGGACAUACCCAAAGAUACACCAAUCAAUCAAUCAAUCACGAGGUUACCACUUGUUCUUCUCAUCAACAUGGCCAAACCGCUCCCUGUCGAUCACAGCCUGACUUCCUUCUGGCGGUCGGAGCCCCAUUCGCUGGACAAUUUCCGCUCCUCAGAGACUCUGCCGGAGACUAGCGACAUUAUCAUCAUCGGGGCUGGCUACGCCGGAGCAUCGACCGCGUACCAUUGUCUGGAUCAUUCCCCGGCAUCGGAGAAGCCCUCCAUUGUGAUCCUAGAAGCGCGACAGGCCUGCUCAGGGGCGACAGGACGCAAUGGCGGUCAUCUGAAGCCCGAUGUUUACAAUCGCAUUGGCAAUCUGGCAGCCGAGUAUGGGCUCGAGGCGGCGGCUGAAGUCGCCGCGUUUGAGAUGGAACAUGUCUCUGCCGUCGAGGCCUUUGUCGAAAAGGAGAAGAUCGAUUGCGAUCUAGAAGUAAACCGAGUAUGCGAAGUACAGUAUGAUAAGAGCCAGCUCGCCAAAGUUAAGGCUGGGUACGAUUUCCUGAUCGCGAAGGGCGUGGAAACGACCAGAGAUGUCGAGUUCACCCCUCCCGAAUCCGCAGAGGCUGUAUCGGGCGUGAAGGGUGCCUUGGCCUGCUUCAGCCAGCGGACAGGCCGACUCUGGCCAUACAAGUUUGUCAUGCAUCUUCUGGAACAGGUUCUCUCAGCGGGAGUGAACCUCCAAACGAACACCCCUGUUACAAAGGUCUCCGAAGCGCCAGACACUGACGGGAGAUGGACGGUGACCACUGAUCGGGGCUCUAUCCGUGCCAAAUGGGUCGUCUUCUCGACCAAUGCGUAUACAUCGGCCCUUGUACCCGAGUACAAGCAUAGCAUAAUCCCCGUGCGGGGAUUCUGCAGUCGCAUAGUGGUUCCCAACCCCCCUCCAUCGCCGCUCGAGCGCUCAUACACACUGCGCUUCAACGGCUGGGAUUAUGACUACCUCAUCCCACGGCCAGACGGAAGUAUUAUUGUGGGCGGGGGCAAAUCCACCUACUACCAGCAAGACCGGGACAGCUGGUAUAACAAUACUGACGACAGUCGAAUGGUUGAGGGAGCAAGGCGAUACUUUGACAACUAUAUGCAGAGACACUUCCAUGGCUGGGAGAAUACGGGGGCAUAUACAGACCGGGUCUGGUCGGGGAUUAUGGGUUAUAGCACUGAUUCGCUGCCGCAUGUUGGGCACGUCCCAAGGAAGCCGGGUCAACUUAUAGUUGCUGGCUUCAGCGGUCAUGGAAUGCCACAGAUCUUCCUCUCGGCUCGUGGAAUCGCCAAACUGAUUAUGGAGGGGGCCUCGUACGAGGAAACCGGGUUGCCGCGGCUGUUCAAGACAACGGAGGAUCGGUUGCAGAGUCGUCGGAAUAAUAUCCUCCAGACAUAUGUGCAGAGCUCUGGGGCGGAAAGUAAGUUGUAGGGUUUUAGAGACGGACAGAACCACUCAAGCAACACCCAUAUAGAUGUGAUAGUGUUGCAAUAACCAAUAUUUGGGGAGCAUCUUCCUCCCUCAAAAGGCUACAAGCCC